AUGGCAGCUUUUCAGGCACUUCGAAAAUUUCGUAUGCACGCGCUUUCAUCAACUCUUCGUGCAGACCCCCAACUCCUCCAGCCACGCCCCAAAAUCCAGAACCCUUUCCUUCCACAUAAGAAUCCAGAGUCUGGGUGCUGGGCACCGCCGAAAUAUUCUCUACGCCGCCAAGCCGAGCUUAUAAAGCACGCUCGCUCUGCAAAUAUGCUUCACUUGCUUCCCCCUGGCCCUAAGCUUGGACCGAAAGACCUUGCCAGCGCAUCUACAUCUAUGCAUACGUCGCAGUCCACGUCGCCUGCAUUGAUGGACCAAGAGUCGUGGGGGCAGGAGAUUGAAUGGGAAGGAGACGUAAAGGAGAAAGAAGUUCCUGGUGCCGCGAUUGGUAACAGGCUGUAUGCGGGCAAGCGGAGGAUGUUCAAAGGGCACAAAUGGGAACGAACCUCAGAGAAACGUGAAGAAACUCGUAAGGCCAUGAUGCAGAGCAUGCCUCAGCGUAUAGAACGGUUCAAGAAUGCUUUCAACGACGAAGUGCACCAGUCUGGCGGGUUUCUAAACCCCACAGGUGACAAGGGGGACAUAUUUUCCCGUCAUAGUUCCUGGCUCUUGAAGACGGAAGACUUACUUUCGGCGACAUCGCCACCGCGGCAGUACAUUAUCCUUGUAAUAGGAAAUCCAACUUACCACGAGUUGUCUCCACUGUUUCUUUCAGGAUAUUACGCUCAAUCGCUGGUGAUUAUCGCAAGUCACCAACCACCAAAUAUCCCACAUAUCGUAAUGCCCGCACUCCGUAUUCUCCGCCUCGCAUCCCCGCUCACUACAGAAACGACGGGAGCAGCGCGCUUCGCGAGCGUACUCGCUUGGGCCGAACAUUCAAGCUAUGACUGGCGGAAAUAUGGUGGCUCUGGCGCUUCUGAGCAGUCCGAAGAGGAAGACCAUUGGGAACUAUUCGGCGAGCAUCUAUCGCCCAACUUACCCCACCCACCUCGUUCGCGCUACAGGCGGAAUCCAAGUAUCUCGCAUCCGAGUUUCCCACAAGAGACAUGUAUCAAUCGGCCUUUUGACGCAGUGCUGAAUUUCCUCCCCACGAACAUCCUUGACUCGGAGCACGCCGUACUCAAACACAUUAUUCUUACUUCGACUAUUAGUCGCCCGUUCCUUGACGAUAUUGCCAUGGAAGAAGCUUAUCCAGUGAAUGGUAUCUUAGGCCGAUGCAGAUCCAUGAUGAAUGCACUUCGCGACCAUAAGCGUGCCAGAAACGUGCUGGUAAAUCCUCAUAGAGUGCGCGGUGGACAUUUCACUCCCGUGGUCCCAAAUGCGCAGAUACAUGUCUCAUCGGCUGCUCCGCACAUUGUGCACCUCAUUCCGCAUUUUCCCGCUGAACAGUCGCAGACGACGCAAAGAGUCGUUGAAGGCAUAGAGACCUUUAUUUCCGCUUCUGCCUACGCAACGCAAUUGGACACAGAGAUGGGUAUUGAUGUUCGCGCGUUAAACCCAGCUCGAUCAUACAUCAUGCAGACAUCGACUUUUGGAGCGACUCUCGAUUGUUCCUUUUCUCAUUUGAACACAGAUACUCUCUCCGCAGGACAAGCUGACGAUCAGUGGGGAUGUGAAUGGACCGUGGCCGAUGUUGUGCUCUGCGGCGCGCUCGACAACAUUAUGAUCGCGGACAGUGGGCGAACUUCCGCGUUCAUGGGACGAGCAUGGAUCUCAGGCCCAGGAGACAUCGUCCUUGCCCCAAACUCGAGGAUGACUUCAUUCCCCUCUCCACCUAUAUUUUCGAGAGGGGUAUCCAAUCACGACCUCCGCAUAAGCGAGGUGUGGGGCGGGUCGGAGGGCGCCGGCGCUCUAGAGAUCGCGAGACAUUUGGCGAACCUGGGAGACGGACAGAGGCCAGAAAGUCUCAUAUCUGAUUACUCUACCUCGUGCGAGCGUCACGUCGCCGAGCAGCCCCUUGCACCUUUCCAAGAAACGGACGGACAGUCCUCGGAGGUGAUAGGCAAAUUAUCAGCCGAACCCGUCGCUCUAACUGUCAAGCCGACCGUCCCAUUACAGUCACGUCCAUCUGUUCGGAAGAUGCAACAGUCGCUGUUGUCCGGAUGGAAAGACGUGAGUGCUUGGCACUUUCGAAGGAGGGGGAAAACAAUCUGA